AUGUGGCCCCGGGGCUGUGCGCUGGACUGCCACAGGGGGCGCCACCGGACAGUAUGUGGCAGCAACGGACGCCUUUACAUGUCCCUGUGUGCCUUCCAGAGAGCCCAGUGCAUCAACACUCAGCUACGGACGGCACCGCGAGCACACUGUGCAGAUUCCACCCAGUCCAAGUGCCAGCUGGCUCGUAGUCAGGCCCUGGAGUCCAGCGUCCGCAGCCACACCGUCCCAGAAUGCGGUGCAGAUGGAAGUUUCCUGCAGGUGCAGUGCCACAACCAGACUGGUUACUGCUGGUGCUCUACUCCAGAUGGGAAACCUGUCAGUGGGACCUCUGUCCUGCACCUCAGACCCAACUGCACAGGUGAGGGUGGUCCCUCGCGGCCCAUCGCCGACCCUAGCAGGACUAAGUCUGUAGCAGGAAUCACCGCUCCUCCGCUCUGGGUGACCAUCCGGUUGAACUCUGACCCCAAAGGGAAUCGUUCUGUAAAACGCCCUACAGACAGUCCUCAGACGUGUGACAGGGAGAGAGCAGCGUUGAUGGCUGAGGUGCAUCUUCUGUGGCAGGAGGAGCGCUUCAUCCCAAAAUGCAGUGCAGACGGGCGCUACAGCCCCAUUCAGUGCCACGUCACCACGGGGUACUGCUGGUGUGUCCGGGCGGACACGGGACGGCCUCUACCAGGCACCUCUGCCAGGAACCGGCUGCCAGACUGCAGCCCGGAGGAGCCCCACAGCAGCCAGCCUGACAGGAGCUACAGAGACAGAUUUCUACCAGGGUGCCCUGGGACCCGGAAGAAAGAGUUCCUGCAGAGUCUGUUGAGAGCUCUGCAGCUGGAGGUUGAACAGUCUGGAAUACUCAGCCCUCACAGGGUGUCGGACGCCCCCCUGUCAGGCCCCAUGUCCCCUCCCCCAUCCACCUCGGUCCCCUCCCUGAGGGUUGAGGUGUGGGACAUGUCAGACCCGGGCGGGGAGGUUGAGGUGCUGCGUUGGCACUUCAGGAAGCUGGAUACGGAUGACAGUGGAGUGCUGAGCGAACGUGAGGCCCGGCCGCUCCGCCUCUACCUGCGCAGGAGAUUAAAGCCACGCCGCUGUGCUAAGAAGUUUGCCCAGUACUGUGACCGCGAUGGGGACCGCGGCCUCACCCUGUCUGAGCUCAAUGCCUGUCUGGGGCUGUGA